UGAGGGGGUGUCAUGUCCGUUUGCUACACUAAAAUAUACAUGAUCAAAACGAUGGUUCCGCCCUCGUUCCUCUACAUCAGCUGACUGCGAUGGAAGCUGCCUUUCUGUAUAUAAGACCGGAGCAGCGGGACCGUGUUUUAGGGCGCUCCCAGCACGUCAAGACCACCGUGUUUUGAACACUUGCAACGAGGGCAUUUUAACAGGCGGCACCGGCUUACUCCACCGUCAUCUCUCCGGUCAGCAUGGCGGAUCCCAACAAAACACCCCUUGCCCUGGCUUUGUCCAAACAACAAACACAGCAUGAGGUGGAUGCAGCCGAAGCGACGUGUGAUGUGAGUCCUUCGCGGGGUGGUCCGCUGCAGCCGUGCAGAAGGAGAAAGUUAUCGAGCUGCGUCUCGAUAGAGUCCGCCGAUUCGGCGGCUUCACCCCCCGCAGCAGAGGCGCGAGUCCUGGUCAUCAACACCGGGGGAACCAUCGGCAUGACGCUGCAUGAUAAUGUGCUUGCCCCAACACCUAAUGCUUUUGUGAAGAGUCUGCGCAAGUUGUCCAUCUUCCAUGAUGAGGCGUACGCCCAGCAGACCUGCCUGUAUGACUACUAUGGACCUGACACCUUGGUCCUGCCGCUGAGUAAGCAAAAUAAGAGGAUAAUCUACACUAUCAUAGAGUACAGCCCUUUGCUGGACUCCUCCAACAUGACUACAGAUGACUGGUGUAGAAUUGGAAAUGACAUUGAGAAACAGUACGAAAACUACGACGGCUUUCUUGUCCUUCAUGGCACAGACACUAUGGCUUACACUGCCUCUGCCCUGUCCUUCAUGUGUGAACAUUUGGGCAAACCAAUCAUUCUCACCGGCUCACAGGUGCCGAUCUAUGAGAUUAGGAAUGAUGGCAGAGACAACCUGCUUGGGGCGCUGCUGAUUGCUGGCCAGUUUGUCAUUCCUGAGGUGUGCCUGUAUUUCUACAACAAACUCUACAGAGGCAAUCGUGUGACCAAGGUGGAUGCUGGGAGUUUCAAUGCGUUCUCCUCUCCCAACUUGUCUCCUCUGGCCACUGCUGAAGUGGAUUUUAAAAUCAACUGGGAUUCAGUGUGGAGGGCAAACACCACAGCAAAGUUUCAAGUCAGCACCCGGCUGAACAGGAAUGUGGGCCUCCUCAGGCUUUUCCCAGGAAUCACUGCUGCUACUGUGAGAGCUUUCCUGCAGCCACCAAUGGAGGGUGUGGUCCUGGAGACCUACGGUAGUGGAAAUGCCCCCGAUAACCGUCCUGACCUGUUGGAGGAGCUUAAGAAGGCCACAGAUGCUGGUGUCAUCAUCAUGAACUGCACCCAGUGUCUGAGGGGGACUGUGUCUACAUCCUACGCCACUGGCCAGGUGUUGAUGGAUGCCGGGCUGAUUGCUGGUGGAGACAUGACUCCAGAGGCUGCCCUGUCAAAGCUGUCCUACGUGCUGGCCAAGAGAGAGCUUGAUCUCGCUGCCAUGAAAAAGAUGAUGGGCCAGAACCUGCGAGGUGAGAUGAAUGCGGACGUAGCAGGAGCCGAGCUGUGUCUGAGCGACAGCCGCUUCAUCCAGGUCAUCGCCAAGUCUCUGAGCAUCAGCUGCAAGGAGGAGCUGGAAGCCAUCCGUGAUGCUCUGACUCCUUCACUGGCAUGUGCUGCUGCUAAGAUCGGAGACAAGGAGGCCUUGGAAGCUUUAAAGGAAAUGGGCAGUAACUUCAGUCUGGGUGACUAUGAUGGACGUACACCCCUGCAUAUCGCUGCCUGUGAGGGCCAUCUGCAUCUGGUGCAGUACCUUCUGAGUCAUGGAGCUACGGUCUAUGCUAAAGAUCGCUACGGUGACACACCCCUGUGCAACGCUGUGCGCUUCAGGAACAAGGAUGUUGUGCUACUGCUGAGAAAGACGGGAGCCCACUUCUCCAGAGACAAGCUGGAGGAAGCAGGAACAGAACUGUGCAGCCUGGCAGCCAGCGGUGACCUGGAUGGCCUGGAAAUCUGGAGUCUUGCCGGAGCGGAUCUGAGUAAACCAGGCUACGACGGACAGACAGCAAUUCAAGUGGCCCAGGCUGUUGGCAAACAGCAUGUGGUGACGUUUAUAGUCCAACUCAUGAGCAAAAAAUCCAAGAGCGAUGGAGUGAUCGAGUUCACCACCACUCCACCAGGACCGUGAGCUGAGAAUACCUCCACCAACAGGAGCCGUCCUCAGAUUGACCGUCCUCUACGCGCCAUCCACCGUCCCGCCGAAUUUUAGAGUCAAUCUCAGUUUGAAUGCUUAUAUUUGCGUGAUCUUAAAGGUCAUCUGGUCUUACAGUCUUUCCCUCCAAAGCCACUAAUAGCCAAUAACAGCACUAUAAUGUAUAACCACUGCUUUGAAUGCACCAUGGUGAAAAAGGACAACAUUAUAUGUUUGAUUGUUGCACAGAAUUUAUGAAUGAGGGAACAUAUCAUACUUAAUGAUUGAAACAAGUACUUUUAGUACAAACUACAGACUCAGUUAUUGCAAUGUCCAGUCAGGGAAUUAAGGGUAAACCUGAGCUGUUUUAACAUGGAGAGUGCUGAAACCUCCCAUUACUCCUUUAGCAGUGAAGGAGUAAUGGGAGGAAUAAUUUUUUUUAAAUACGAAAAGAGAUAAAGAAGUGUUGAAUACUGUGACAUUACUUUGUAAAGUACUGUUCUAUUACUAUUCACCAUGAUAUCUUGAAGUACAGGGUAAAUUCCACAGAUUUUAUUUUUAUGCUUGAACUCAUCUAAUCAUCUGAAAUGUUAUCCAACUGUAGCACUUGUCCACUUCGGUCUAAGUCUGAAGUGCAUCUGCCCCCGCAGCAGAGGUUUUCAUUCCUCUCUGCCCAAACAGGUGCUGCAAAAAACCUGCAGUUACCUUUAAUCAGACUCAUCCAGCCUGUUUCACUUGCUGAUUGUCGAGCCAGAACAGUCGCAUGUCUCCCUUUUGAAAUGGAAAUAAAGCCGCAGUUUCUGUGUUCUUUUAUGUUUUUUGGUUAACAUAGAUUUUUUUUGUAAACAAAUUACUUCCUGUUCUUAUCUUUGUUGUGCAACAAACUUCACAUUUGAUGUAAUUCACUUUUUAAUCAAUUUAGGUAAAUUGUUUGUUUAAAUGAUAUCAUCUGUUAGGGAAUCUUGUGUGAUUACAUGCAGCUUUAAAAUGCAAGUAACUUUAAAAUGACUUGAAAUGCGUCUGUUGUUUCCCUUGUCACUAGUCUGAUCAAAAAACUGUUAAGCAUAAAUAAAAACAGAAUUUAAUCAUC